AUUCUCACUGCGCAUGCGCGGCUCAGGGAGCGCGCAGCGCGGCAAUCGGCGGUGCUCUGUGUUCCUCGGACACAGCAGAUCACCGAUCAUGUAAAGAGCCGAAGAUGUCGGCUCGGUCAUGUGAUCAGCUGUAUCCAAUCACAGCUGUUCACAUCAGUGCCACCUGUCAGUGUCCAUCAGUGCAUUAGGUCAGUGCUCAUCAGUGCCUCGUGCCAGUGCCCAUCAGUGCCACAUAUCAGUGCCUACCAGUGCACAUCAAUGCCACAUAUCAGUGCCCAUCUGAGCUGCCUUUCAGUGUUACCCAUCAGUGCCAGUCAGUGCCACCUAUCAAUGCCAAUCAGUGCCACCUAUCAGUGCCAGUCAGUGCCGCCUUUCAGUGCCAGUCAGUGGCGCCUAUCAGUGCCAGUCAGUGCCGCCUGUCAGUGCCGCCUAACAGUGCCAGUCAGUGCCGCCUAUCCGUGCCAGUCGAUGCCGCCUAUUAGUGCCAGUCAAUGCCGCCUAUUAGUG